GAUCACGCCCUGAGCCGAAGGCAGACGCUCAACCGCUGUGCCACCCAGGCGCCCCUGAAAAAGAAACUUCUUGAAGAUAGCAUCUCCAAACUUGAACAUAUAAAGACACUAACACCAUCUGUGGCACAGACCUCUAGUACUGUAUUGAGAUUUACAUUAAUUAAAAAAGAUAUUAAAUGAAGAUGCAUUUGACUCUCCCCCCAUUUUUUUGUCUUCAUUGGCUCCUCUGGCAUGGAGCUGAUAUCACACAAGUAACCAUGAGAGGUUGGACAGCAGCUCACAUAGCUGCAAUCAGAGGUCAGGAUGCUUGUAUGCAGGCUCUCAUAAUCAAUGGGGCAAAUCUGGCAGCUCAAGAUGAUUGUGGAUGCACUCCUUUACAUCUUGCUGCAACACAUGGACGUUCUUUCACUUUACAAAUAAUGCUCCGCAGUGGAGUGGGAGAGAGCAUGAGUGGGAGGGGCAGAGGGACAGGGAAUGGGAAUCCCAAGCAGACUCUUUGCUGA